UUGUGGGCGUCGAGACGCCGUAUUGUCUGCCGCAAUCCCGAGCUCUGGCUGACGGGAGAUGUUCCGAAAGUGCAAGCCACGGCAACGCGAAGAAAGCGAUUUCCGGCCGCCCGAUAUUCACAGAUAGCGCGCACGAUCGCGGCGGAGGAUCGACAUCUAAAUCGAAAUCGAGACGCGAAGAAUCUAGGCCCAAAGGCGAGGAUAGUGAUGAAGAAGAGCCGUGCGAUCUUGAGCGAUGGUCAAUAGACGGAUCCCCCAUCGAGUUAUCCAACGGGCUGGAUGAUCGUUCAAGAGCUGUUGUCAGAUCCAGGAAAGCGGAAUUCUUCCUCAAGAAGGUGCUGAGGGAGAAUGUUGACGAGAGGUGCGACAAGUUGCUGAGAGGCUUCAGUCAUUCGCCGAAAAGUGCCCACAGUCCAAGCUCAAGCUCCGUACCUUAUAGCCCGAAGUCUAGGAGAAGGUAUAUUGAAGGUAGUCCUUUGCUACUGAAGAAAGCUAUUCGAGAAAGCGCGUUAUUAGGCUGUGAGAGCGAUCAGCAGAGCUCGAUAGUAGUAGCAGAAGAAGAAGAAGAAGAAGAAGAAGAAGAAGAGGAAGGUAUCGGGAGAAAUCUAAGGGAAGAUAUUCAACGGAGUUCUUCGACACCAGAGAGAAGUAACGGAGAAAGCACGUUAGUCCAAAGAAGCUCGGUGCCAGUACAGAAAAGUAAUCGACCAAGCGCAUUGCCGCUAGAUAGAAACGAUCAACACCGUCUGCUGUCAGGAAAAGAGGGAGCGAAUGCGAAGGAGGACAUUCGGGGAAAGCCGGCAUUGCUGGAGCAAAAUGAUCGAGCGAGUCCGUUAUUAUCGAAGAAGAGUGAUACUUCGAUUGGCCAACUAAUGCGAUUGACGGGAUAUGACGCUCCGGAGAAAGCAAAGUUCUUGCCGAAGAGUACUCACAAAGAGAAGAGCUUCUUGGUAAAGAAAGAUUCGGAGGGAACUUUGGGAGCUUGCCUCUUACCUCGCAAAACAGACAUUUCGUCGCUGUUGCAGCCGACCGAAAGGACCGGUAGUCCGCCAUCGGCGAGGAAGCUUUGUUCCCCGACUGAGGAGGCAGAAGAUCGCGCGAAGCUCGUUCCACCUUUGAGGCUGAAACGUACAACUGGGAGCAAUCAAACGACUGAUCGUCUCUCUUAUGGGUCGGCGGUUGUUCACAGACGCCGUCUCUCAUCGGAAAAUUCGGCUCUUCAGGAUUCCAGGAAAACGUUGCGGGAGCAACGCGAUUGCAAACUGAAGCGAUCACCACCACCCGAACAAGAAAAGAAGGGGAACAACGAGAAGGAGAAAGGGGAGAAGGAGGAAGAGGAGAACCAGCCGGGUCGGAGAGCAGCAGCGAGGUCCGAUAACGGCGGGUCAACCGAUAAACGCGAUUCGAAAUGCGGACUUGCAGUCUCGCGAAGACACGCGGAACCUCGUCAGUUGAUCGUGAAACCAGCCGAAGAGCCGAUUACGAUCUCUGAGAAGAGGAAGAAGAGGACUCCCUCUCGCGCACAGCAGCUCGUAGAUGCUCCCGUGGAGGAUUCAGAGCUCGAUUCUACCGUGAGGUCCACCGGAAGUGUAUCGGAAUGUUUGCUUAAUCGCGCGCAUUACGAGGAGAAUGGUGAGGGAAUAUUGAGUCCAGUUAUCGAAGCGGAUGAUCCCGAUAACACCCGAGAAGACUCGAUCGUUGAAGCAGAGACUGCCACCGUGAGAGACCCGAAGAGAUCAGUCACCGAGGCACAAGUGUCUUCAGAGUCCUCGGAGGGACCGUCAUUGACGGAGUUAAAAGUCCCCGAAGAAAGCCCGGAUAUCUCACUUGUCGUCACAGGGUUCGACUGCUCGUCCACCUUGAAGGUGACCUGCAGUCCUGAAGCUUCGUACGAUCAACGGGUGAGCCAGAAGGGUCCACAGAAGUCUUCCAGUCAUAGAAAUCAUCAGCCAAGCAGUCCUGCGUACCUGCGAGCGCAGGUUGAUCCGUUGAUCCGACCAAAGUCAGCCACAGACGACGGCAGGAUGAAGCUGAGGAUGAGGUUGAUUUGCAUCCGCGACAAGUUCGUGCUCGCGCUGAGCGCAUUCGCCAUCCUGUUCACGCUGUUGCUCGUGAUGGAUCUGCAGAUGGACCUGGGCUACAGCGGCCACCAUUUGGUGGCGAGUCAUGCGCGCGUCAGGCUGGGCGACCGGCCGGACGCCGACACGGUCUACAACAACUUCCGACGGAAAUUCCUCCAGCGGAUGAACGGCAGUCGCGAGCAGGCGGAUACGACACCGGGUGCCGUCGAGAAAUCCAGCAAGACGGACACGACGCCAUCGUCAUCGGUGUCGUCGUCUACCACAAAGAAGCACGACGAGUUUCCGGAUCUGAUCGACCUAGUGGUCAACGGCUACGCGGUGAACGUCGACGAGGGUGUGGCGAGGAUCAGCGGUGAGGAUCAUGAGUACAAUCCCACGAUCGGCGAGCUGAGGCAGGUGACGCCUAGGAAAAACAGCACGACCUUGGAGAAGUUUCACCUGCAGAUCUCCAGACUGGAGUUAUACCCCGAGGAAUCGAAGUACGUGGACCAGUUGCUGCACGAAAUGGCGACCAAACUGAUCUUGCACGUCGUUCAAAAAGACGGCGGCACACAGUUGAAGCUGAUAAUUGAUUAUGGCGACAACAUGCAGGCGCUGUUUAAGCCAAUGCGGUUUCCGCGAGAGCAGCAGACUCUGCCGAAUCACUUCUACUUUACGGACUUCGAGAGGCAUACCGCCGAGAUCGCGUCCUUCCACCUGGACAGGUUGUUAGGUUUCCGUAGGGCGAUGCCGGUGAGCGGCCGAACGCUCAACGUCACUACGGAGAUCUAUCAGAUCGCCGACGGCGAACUGCUGAAGACGUUCUUCGUCAGUCCCGCCGGCAACCUGUGCUUCCACGGCAAGUGCAGCUACUACUGCGACACGGCGCACGCUGUGUGUGGCACCCCCGACAGCCUCGAGGGCAGUUUCGCCGCUUUCCUGCCCGACAAGGGCCUCGCCACCCGGAAAGCGUGGCGGCAUCCUUGGCGUCGAAGCUACCACAAGCGGAAGAAAGCUCAGUGGGAACACGAUUCCGACUACUGCUCGCUCGUAAGAGAAAUUUCGCCAUACGACGAGGGUCGGCGGCUGCUCGACCUCAUGGACAUGGCGGUGUUUGACUUCCUCACGGGCAACAUGGACCGCCAUCAUUACGAGACGUUCCGACUUUUCGGCAACGACAGCUUCACGCUACACUUGGACCACGGGCGCGGCUUCGGCAAGCCGUUCCACGACGAGACGUCCAUCCUGGCGCCGCUUCUGCAGUGCUGCAUUAUCAGGCAAAGCACGCUCGCCACUCUGCUACGUUUCCACAACGGGCCUACGCGAUUGAGCGCGGCUAUGCGCCAAAGCAUGGCCAAGGACCCGGUGGCACCAGUCCUCUGGGAGCCCCAUCUGGACGCGCUGGAUCGCCGGAUAGGCAUCGUCCUGCAAGCCAUUCGCGACUGCAUCGCCCGCGAGAACUCCUCGCAGGUCGUGCAGAGUAACGACAAAACGGACCCGAAGUUAUAGCCUUCAGCCGCGAUCUAGGAAUCGGUAGUUUUCAAAGACCUACGGUCGGGACGAGACAAUAUGAGAAGCAGUGGUGCGUCGAGAAGUUUCUCGGACGAGGCGGAAGGAUGUUCCGAACGAGCUUUCCGAUACCUAGAAGAGUCGCGGAAUGUGCGUUCUUUCUUGCAAGCUCCCAGCAAUCAGGAUAUAACAUACAAAAGGAGGAGCGUUUUCGUCACUUGGACAACAAAAAUAUAUUCUUGAAGUUAGGCUUCAAGAAACAUGCAAAGUUCGACGUUAUGCGGUUUUCUCGUUUCCAUGCAAGAUAUUCCGGGAGAGUGUCUUAUCUUUUUUCCGCGAGCUUUACAGAAUACUUCCUUGAACGAACGAGUCAUCCUGAAUAAUCAGAGACGAGGUUGCGACUCCGAAAUUUUAUUAGCGUCGUGAUAAAUUCACGAGCUCGGUGCGAAGUUAAAUACGAUACAAAUUACACGCGACGCGCUCGUCGCUGCGGCGGCGAUGAAAUUACAGACGACGAAUUAGACGGCUGAGGUCACCAACAACGGAGGCGACCGAGGCGAAAGAACGCGCGGAAGGCAACGCGCGGAAAGGAGGCGCGCCUUUCGACAUCGCCCCUCGCGGAAUAAAAUCGGAGAUUUUCGAUAGAAUGCAUUUUAAUGCGACGGCAUUUGCAUAAUCGCCGGAAUUCGCGAGCGCGCGCACGCGAAUCGCACGUGAUGCAGCUGAGUAAAGAAGAGAAGCGUACCUCCUCCCGUUCACCACCCUCUGGAAAUCCCCUUCUCUCUUUCCCUCUCUCUCUCUCUCUCUCUCUCUCUCUCUCUCUCUAUCUAUCUAUCUAUCUUCCUCUCAUUUACUCACUCACUUCUUCUCCCGUUAUUCUUUCAUUCGUUAGAAUAAUAGGGAAAAUUCGCGGAAUCGUGAAAUCCCGUUGUGGAUAUUGUCGAGCUUCAUCGGGGGCAAAUCGAAGUAAGUAAGUAAGUAACGAAGUGUCACCGAUAUCAGAAUAGAAUUCGCCCCGAAACUGUACAAUAUAAACUCGGUUGUAAAUAAACGAUUUUCUCACUUUCUAUCGAAAUCGAAGUCGAAAUUGAAAUUAAAGUCGCAACGAUUUAAGUUGUCACAGUUAAAACACACCGCUGAUAUAUGCAUGCAUAGUAACCGGUAUAUAAAUAUAAUCGAUACAUAAAUACUGGUAUAUAAAUAUGUAAAAAUCACUUCUCAAAAUAAUGUUCUCUUACAGGGAUGCCGAUAACAUUAUCGACUUGAUAACAUUAUCGACAAACUAUUGACCUCUUUCUGCGAAAUGUAUAUAUUGGUUGCACAAAGUGGCAAAUUUUGCUUUUACACAUUAAAAGUACAUGCAAAAGCGAAUAGGAGCAUUGUUGAGAACAAUAUGCGAGAGAAAAGCAGUAAAAGGUUUCAAAGUAGACAUCUCGAGCUGUCAGUCGAUGUAAAUAUUUCCCUGAUACAAAAGGUAUGCAGUUUGUGCUCAUCGAACGGAUGUGUUUGCUCCACUCAAAAUAAUUUCAAAGUAGACUACUGUACCUUUACGACUUAAAUAUAGAGAAGCUUAAAAAUAUAUACGAAAAGUUUGCAGAAAUAUUUCCAUAUAUUCAUGAUCAAAUUUUCCGUUAAAUACCGGUAAAACAAAGCAACACGCAUUUGUAUAAGGUCUACAUAUGUAUAAGAAACACGUAAAAGAAACAGCGUGUUAGUAAUGAUCGUCUCUACGUUAUCGGCAUUUCUCGAGGUCGUUUACUUUGGCAUCCUCUUAAUUUACAACAAAUUCUUUCUCUCACAAAAUACCACAUUCUGCACCGUUAUCUCAGCCACUGUCAAAUCCGAUUACUGCACAUACAUAUAUCAGCGGUGGUUUUCAAUUCUGACAGCUUGAAGCGUUGCGACUUCAUUCGGUGGAGAGAGUGAAAAUUAUUUAGUGACUGAAUCUAAAUUCAUUACUUGGUAGAUUCGUGAAUGUAAUUUCUGUCUGUCAAAAGUAUAGAAUAAAAUCGUACAGGAUCUUCGCGAGAGAGAUAUCUCGGACGCAAUGAGCGAGACCGCUAAUAGUCAGGCAGUUCCUCAUUCAUCGAUCAGAAUAAUCGACAAUCUCGUGGAAAACUGCAGAAUUUCUGGCCAUGCUAUGCUAUGCAAUGCAUCGACUAGUUCUAAGUGCGCGGUUGUCUUCCUCGAAUAAGACUAGAUCUGAAAGUUGCAAUAAUGGUGUCUCGAUUUAGCGACGUCAUCGUCGCCGCAGACGUGCGACAUUUUAAUUUGUCAACGGCGCGCGCGCGAAAAUAGUCUCGACUCGACGAGGUAACGGUUGCAAUCACGAUGAAUAAUGCAACAAUCAUUCCCGUGAUCCGAUCAUAAAAAAUGAACGUCGAGUUUGCUACCCAAUCUCGCUUAUCUGACAGUUUGCAGCUAUUCCGUUUGAAAUAACAGUGCGGCAAUGCGACUCCAGAGCAGUUGCAGUUUAUUUCGAGCGCGGCUGAUAUUAAGUCUCGAAACAGAAUAACAAAGUUGAUUUUUUUGGUCAGCUUUUAUUUCACUUUAGAGUAUAAUUUUAGUCAAAGUAAGACUGCCGUAAUCCUCAUAAAAGAUAUUCGUGUAAGUACCAAGUAUAACACUAUAACAAUGUUAUAAUUACGGGGCGCUUUUAAUUGUGUCAAUCAGUACGUCGCGCUAUUUUGCCGGGAAAGGCGACAAAUAUCUUCGACUCUCCCUCGUUAUUCUCGCCCGGUUGCUGUUGUCCUUUGACGUUUGUUCGCGAUUAGCGGUGGCGAAAGUUCCCCGCCCGACGCGGCAUCGCGAACUUUCCCGAGUUGUGCGAAAGAUUGCCGACCAAUUUCGUCGACUUGACUUACUUCUCCUCCUCGUCUCGCGAUUCUUGAAAUUUGUUUACGCUGGAAAAUCGCUGACGUCUGUCUACGCUGCACUGGAAGCGCACAAAGUUCGCCUUUUAGUGCGACAACAGUUCUGAUCUCUUCUUUCUUCCUUUUCCCUUGUUUCCUUUUCAAACGGAAUACGAGUUUCACAGGAAAAUUGUUAAAAUAAUCCUGAGACGAAUUGUAGUGAAUUAUGAACGUAUUGGAACACACCACGAGAUAAGUCCUGUUCAUUAUUGCUUCGCGAUACUAUCUCUCGGGACGAAAAUGAGGUUUCUUUUUCCAGAUGAAUAAAUAUCGCGUGAAGGUUUUCUUCUCCGCGAUCUCACGCGGCAGUCUUUUCGCAAAGUCAUCGUCGUCGAUUUCGCGAAAGCGCGUCUUUUUCCCGAUGAAAAUAUCUACGUACGCACGGACCAAAGAAUCGAUAGGUUGCGCGCGAUUCUAUGUGGAGGAGGCGGCGAGCUUUCUUCCAAGAUCACAUCCAUUCAAGCCGCCCUGCAGACGACGGCAAGAAGAGAGUCGAGAGGAUUUGCGAAAGGGACGAAGAGAUCGCGUUAAAAGUUGACAUAUGAACCGAAGAACUCCGUGCGCUGGAAUAAACGCAUAUGUCCUCUAUUCCAGUUCUACCAUUUUUUCCCCGUAUCCAUCAUAUGUGUGUAGUUGCGGCGUAAUGACGAUUCCCGCGCUGAUAAAGCAUAUUUUCGCUCUUCAUGCGCGCGCGUUUAAAAAAAAAGUUUCACCCGACAAAUACUCGAUAAAAUAUAAUAAUUGUAUAAGUGGAACAAGCGGACAUUAACGUAUCAUUUCUUUUUCUCUCUAAAUAUAUUUUUUACAAAAAUAAAAAAUGUAGUACAAACUGUGUAUCUAUCAGUUAUACAGAAUACAUAUAUUUCUGCUUUUUUAUUAUUUAUUCUAGCCUUAUCGGAAACAUAAGGCUUCUUUAGCAACAAUUUUUAUUUACAAAAAAAUGCAUUCUUCCUUUCUUUUAAUAACAAUAAACAUGUAAAAUUUUAAAUAUUAAUUUCGAAGAUAUUAUCAUUUUUAUCUGUUAUUAAUUAUAGAUAAUACAAAAGGUAUGAAAAGGAACAACUAUUUAUUUGCACGUGUGAUUUGAUCACUGUGUGUAAGUCACUUUUCUUAGCAAAUCACAGAACAAAGUCAUCUGAACCCAGUUUUCUAACGGGGGUCGGAACAAAUGCCUACAUUGAAAAAAGAACAUUUAUUAAUGCUGUCCAAAAUGGCAUAUUAAGUUGCUCAUACAGACCUUCACGAAUCUUUUGCCGCACGGUUCGCUUUUGCGCAGGAUCUCAUCCGUGAACUCGCAACCUAAGUAGUUAUCAUACCAAUCAGUUCUCUAAAAAAAAAAAGAGUAAUGAUUGCAGACUUCCAUGUCGCGGCACAAG